AUGGGGUUGGAUCCCUCCGCGCGCCGGGGACACGCAAACUCCCUGCGCGCCGGUAGGCACCGGGCCGACGAGAGGCGGGGACAAGCGAAAACGACAGGCGAGACAGCCAAUGGAGACGCAGGAUCGGCCGGUGGUCAUCUUGCGGCCCAAUGGACGCCGCGGAGGGCCUGGCCGAAUGGAGAAAGCGCAGGGGCGACAAAGGGGCUUGUCUUAGUUGACGAGAUCAUCGGGGUGCGAGCCGCGCGGCCCGGUGGCGCCGGUACCGUCUUCGGAACGAUCAUCUCCAGGCGCUUCCCCGCCAACGUCACCUACGAGGACGAGGAGUGCCUUGUGUUCCUCGAUCUUUCACCGACACGUUUCCUAGUCAUGCCGAAGGAGCCAAUUAUUAGGUGGCCUGAAGCAGAAGAUUGUGGUGAAUCUCUUCUUGGGCAUUUAAUGAUUGUUGGCAAGGAGCGUGCUGCUCACCUGGGCCUGACCAAUGGAUUCCGGAGGGUUGUGAAUGAAGGGCCGGAGGAUGGCCAGUCUGUGUAUCACAUACGUCUACGUCAGUUGGGCUGGCCACCUGGCUAAGAGUUUUUCACCGCUGGAGUUGCUGCACAUGUACACGUCGCCACUGCAUGGAUUUCGACUGUUGCCCAUCAAUCUAGCCUCUGUCGAUGUCUGAUUUUUCUGUGACGCGUGUCUGUGGAAGGUAAUAAAAGCUUUGAGCAGCAGUUGCACAAUAAAGAUCGAGCAUGGGGAUAUCA